ACUAUUAUGUAUCUUCACCUAUUGUGUGUUCGUUCAUAAAAUUCUUGUCUUCGUGUCCCUUUCGUGUUAUUUUUUGUUAAAAAAAUUGAUGUUAUUUCAUAAAUAAGUAACGAUAUAAUCUUUGUAAUGAAUUGAUUGAAUGAAAAGUAAAAAUUCGCACUGAUUCGUAAUAAACAUGAGAUUAGUUACGAGAUGUUCAACAGUGCGUAAGGCUUGAUUGCCCAUCACGAAAUAUCUCGCAGCUGAGGGUGCGAGAAAAUGUCCGAGCCCGUUAUCUCGGGUGAUGUAUAAAGCGACUGGUGCCGUAGAAGAGGAUGGGAUAUUGAUGUAAAUUAUAUACGCUGGCCGUGUCUCCGUUGACGCGAUGGAUCCCUCUAUAUUCCUACAAUACUCUCCGCCCAAUGGGCUGCCUCAGGAGUCCAAGUUGGCAACAUAUAUGAACCGAAGUACUUCGACGCCGACGAGGUCUCUAAGCCAAGCUCUUGGUAAACUCAGCCUGGAGUCAUCCCCCACUUCAAUUAAAAAGCAGGUCCUUAUUGGAGAAUUUGUGCCGGUAAACUACUACAGCCCCACAAACAUUCUCCCAGACUCCCCAGAGAGUUCCCCACCAUCUACUUUGCCAGUUGUUCCAAAUACUCAAGUUCAUCAGGAAAAUGUAGGUGGUACAACAUACUUCUACUCAACCAACUCUGACAGUGUCAACACAUCUACGGGGCUUAAUUCCUCAGCUUCAUUGGGUGCAGAUUCGUGCAUUGGUGUGCCGGUGGUGGGUGUGUCAUCGCCAUACGCCUCGCAGAUAUACUCGGGAACCCCGACGCACAUGAGCGGGAUGGCAAAGCCAGGUCUGGCCGCAUCCUUCUACAUGCCGGAAACGAUACGCUCUGAGAUCUAUCAACGAAACGAGGAUGUGUUCCUACAGACCGACCUCCGCCAGUUUCCAGAUUUACCCGAGAACGUGGAGAUGUACUCGGAGCUGACCCCGCUGGAGGGCGCUCCGCCCCACUCCAUGUCCAGUUCGUACCGCGUGACGCACCGGCACAGCGGCGAGCAGUACGCGCUGCGGCGGCUGCACGGCCUCGCCGCCGCCGCCGGCUCCAAGCGGCUCGACCUCUGGAAGCAAGUCGACCAUCCGAACAUUGUGCGAUUGCACGACGUGUUCUUCACCAAAGCGUUCGGAGACCACUCGACGGUGCUAGUGUACGACUACCACCCCGCGUGCGCCACGCUGAUGAGCAAGUACCUCGCCGGCAACGGACCGGUCAACGCUGAGUCGGCGGCAUUCCACGAUCCGUUCUCGUCGGAUCCGGACGCACCUAGACCGUACACACACCAGAAAAACGCAAUGCUCCGUGCGGUUGCGUGCGGCGCCCUGUUGCCGGAGGCGGUGCUCUGGAGUCUACUGGUGCAGCUCACGGCCGCCCUGCGAGCCAUACACACGGCAGGACUCGCGUGCAGGUACACAUGCCUAAAAUUUUGUACCAAGGCACUGUUACUUCAAUAAAAAUGAAGAGAUAAAUUAUAAGCUGAAGCCAAUUGUUUAAAGUAAUUCAUUAUUUAUUACUCCUGAAUUUUUAAUAUUCACAUUACGUUAAUGAGGUGUCAUAUUAUUAUAUGCUAGGAUUUAAUGGGGUGGAUUAGUUAAGUAAACUGAACAACGUUUACUAUGAGAGCAACACUGAAUUCACGAAAAAUUUAUCAGCUGUUUCGUACAAAACUGUGUUACUUACAAUCGUUGGCAGUAUGAAACAGCUGACAAUUUUUCAUGAAUGCAGUGUUUGUCGCAUAGUAAAAGUUUGUGCAGUAUACUAAAUUAUCCAACCCACAAAGUCCUGUCAAACCAUAAAAUACACAUGCAUUAUGAAUGCAAAAUUUAUCAAACAUAAUAAGUAAACCUAAUUUCACUAAAAAUAAAUAUAUCUGAUUUCUCUCAUUCCAUAAUAAGUUUUGGUUAUGUUUAAAAAAAAUGCCCUUUCUAUUUGUUUUCGCGUUAUUACGAAGUUAAUUUUUGCGAAAUAAAAUCAAUAGGUAUUUAUAAACUCCUUGUCACGUGACAUUAAAUAACAAUCUAUAACCUGUCACGUCAUACCAAUGUGUCUGCUUUUAGUGCCACUGUAACUUUGGUAUACCCGUAUACUUUCAUUUAAAAAUAUUCUCAAAAAAAUUGUUGAUAUGGGUUCUCUAUUAUUUUGAAAAUAAAUAGAUGCUAAAGUUAAAAUAAUGCUAUAGCCAUUACUAUCUAGAACUCACAGCACCGUACACAUCGUACUUAUAAACAGCUCAAUUAUUCAUAAAGUUGUUUAUCGUAUAGUAUUUUCGUAUUUUUGAGUCACCCUGUAUAAUAUUGUUUUCACGAAAAUCGCAACGUUAACCUUCGUUUGUGUGAACUUAAAUCUGCAACAGUAUAAUGAGGACUGCUAUUGACGUCACAAGCCAAGGUGUGGGCGCAUUUGAAAUUUAAAAAAAAAGAAUCUGCCAUUUAUUAUCGGAAAUGGAUGACUUGAGAUGCUUUCGCGUGAAUAAUAUUGUUUGUCGACGUGUCAUUGAACCCGGCGUAAACAGAUGUUUUUGUUAUUUUUGGAUUUUCAGCUUAUUACGUAAGUAGAAACGUUUACAAUUUUUAUU